AUGGAAACAACGACCGUGAGCGCCGCUAGGGUUUUUGACUAUAUUAACGUCGCCUCUGACGUCCAAGAGAGUGCUCGGAAGGUCGUCCGCGGCGCGGCGUUGUUCGUCUCAGGAUCGAUGGGCAACUUCAGGUUUCAUCAGUACCAGGUGGUCGGUCGAGCCCUCCCGACCGAGACGGAGGAGCACCCAAAGAUUUACCGAAUGAAGCUGUGGGCGACGAAUGAAGUCAGGGCUAAAUCCAAGUUCUGGUAUUUCUUGAGGAAGCUGAAGAAGGUGAAGAAAAGUAAUGGCCAAGUUCUCGCGAUUAACGAGAUAUUUGAGAGGAAACCAACAAAGAUCAAGAACUACGGUGUCUGGCUGCGGUACCAGAGCAGAACAGGUUACCACAACAUGUACAAGGAGUACAGGGACACCACUCUGAAUGGUGCCGUGGAGCAGAUGUACAAUGAGAUGGCAUCCCGCCACAGAGUCAGGCAGCACUGCAUUCAGAUCAUCAAGACAGCCACCAUACCUUCCAAGCUGUGUAAGCGUGAAAGCACCAAGCAAUUCCAUGACUCAAAAAUCAAGUUCCCUCUCGUCUUCAAGAAAGUUAGGCCCCCUUCCAGAAAGUUGAAGACUACCUACAAGGCUUCCCGCCCUAAUCUUUUCAAGUAGGAGAGGAGGAUAGGUUGAGCGUAUCAGUGGCCUCCUCUUGUUUUACCUUGUUUUAAGCAUCGUUGGAUUGUUUUGGUAGUUCACCAGACUUUGAGAGCUUAAGCACUGCAAUCAGUCUGUUUAUUUAAUGGGCUUCUGCAGCACAGCCUAUUUAUGAUUUGGAUUAAAGUGGACUUAGUGCAAAUUUGGAGUGUUUUGUUUUUGGA